AUGGGGGCUAGAGUAAUGACCAAUAGUGACAAAUACCUUGGUCUACCAAUGACUUGUGGUAAAUCAAGGGUAAACACCUUCAAAGAAUUAGAAGAAAAAAUUCUCAAGCGUGUGUUGGGGUGGAAGGAGAAGUUUAUAUCAAAGGCAGGUCGGGAGGUCCUUAUAAAAAUAGUGGCACAAGCAAUCCCCACAUAUGCCAUGAGCCUUUUCAAGCUUCCCAAAUCCAUGUGUGACUCCAUCAAUUCCUUGCUAGCAAAAUAUUGGUGGGGACAAAACAAAGAAGAGAGAAAGAUCCACUGGGUUAAUUGGAGAAAACUAUGCAUAAGUAAGAAGGAAGGGGGGAUGGGUUUUAGAGAUUUGCACUCUUUCAACUUGGCUAUGCUCUCAAAGCAAGCAUGGAGACUAACCCAAGACACAAAUUCCCUGUUUUACAAGGUGUAUAAGACGUGGUACUUCCCUAAUUGUUCAUUCAUGAUAGCUCAAUUGGGGAGCAACCCGUCCUUUGUUUGGAGAGGCCUACUUGCAGCAAGAGACAUCAUCUUCAAUGGAUCAAAGUGGCGGGUGGGAGAUGGCAAAACAGUGGGGGUCUACUCUCAUAAAUGGCUGUCUCACCCUCCAAUUCCUCUUAAUGAACAUGCCCAAGACAUGAAGGUCUGUGAGCUCUUGGAUGUUGAGUCUCGGCAAUGGGACGGGGAAAAAUAG